AUGUUAUCAGGUGGUGAUAAUCUAAGUUUAUUAUCAUCUAUAUCAUUAAAUAAUGAAGAAAAAGUUCCGAUUAAUGUUAAUGCGACAGCUCCGAUUGUAGCAACAAUAAGACUUGAACUUAAAAUUGAAAAUAAUUCUAAUAUUAUUGAUAUUGUUGCACUUCAAUUAUCAAUUGAAUCUAAAAUAAUUAUCGAAGAAUUAGUUGAAUCCAUAAGUUCACAAUGUAUUAAUGGUUUUAAUAGUGAAAAUGAAAAUUUUAUUCAAAAAUUAAAUCAAAUAAGUUUAUCUAUUACAAGAACAGAUUCAACUAGAUCAAUAUCAUCAUCAUUACAUCUUUCUUAA